AUGACGGCUGAAAAAGCGUCCCCCGGCUCUGAUCCAUCUGUCAAACCUCCAACAGGUGGCGAAUGUGACAUCGUGCGGCUGCACAUCACACCUUUCGACGCCGAGCUCUUCAAAGUCAUCAUCCCGACUGCGCUGCAGCCUAGUGCACACAACGUGUCCUACCAUACGCUCGAGACAUUUCCCGAGAAGCGCUUCGGUUUCGUCGAAUUGCCGCGGAUGGAUGCCGACAAGCUGAAGAACAAGUUUCACGGCUCGACGCUCAGGGGCAGCAAGAUUCGCAUCGAAAAGGCCCGAGCGGAGGAGCGAGUGGAGCCGACAGGCGAACGGACCGAGAAGAAACGCAAAAAGGUCAUGGAUGACACAGAGGGAACCAAGAAGAGGAAGCGAGAUCGGAAUGUCGUCGAAGGCGUCACCCUCAAGGAUCGAAAGGUGAAACGGGGAUGGACCGAGUCGGUCGAGGAGAAGCGUGCGAAGAGGAAGAAGGGCAGCAAGGACAAAGAAAAGAAAGGCGAGAAGAGGAAGCGACCGAUUUCCAAGUACACCGACCAAGAAGAGUGCCUGCUCAAGGUCAAGGUGCCGGCCAAUGCCAUGGCCAACCUGUCGGCGGUGGAAGGACAGCGGAAGAGAAAGAAGGGCAAGUCCUGCGAAAUCACGGUGCACGAGUUUGAGAAGACGACCAAGUUCCCGUCUUUUCUGAAGAACACGGUUCCAGAAACGAAUAGAAAGUCAGCGACCGACUUCGUCGAGGGCGAGGGUUGGAUGGACGAGGACGGCAAUUUGGUUGAAAAAGUGAAGCCGAGGCCAAAGGCGGCAGCGUCUACGCGAAAAGAAUCCAAUAACGCAAGGACUGUCGUUGAAGAGUCCGACGAUAGCACCAGCAGCAGCGGGAGUGAGACCUCAUCAGAAGAAGAAGAUUCCGAUGCCGGGGAGUCCAAAGGGGGGCUCGCGAACGGUGGCGGGCCACAGGGCAAGUCACCACUCGAGUCCGGAUCAAAGUCCGAAUCCGAGCCCGAGUCCGAAUCCGAAUCAGGAUCGGAAUCGGACAGCGAAAGUGAGGACAGUGGCGACAUUGGCGACGACAACACGCUCGCCGAGCCGGACCAAUUGACAACACAGUUGUCCGUCCUCAAGGCUGACAGGUCCAGACCUAUGUCUGCUGGUUCAUCCAACAGCUUAUCCAUCAAGAUUCCAACGCCGGCCACUCCCUCAGCCUCCGCAAAAACGGUCCAUCCAUUGGAAGCUCUCUACAAGCGAAGCAAGGCCGACGGUUCUGAAAUGGACACUGCAGAGGCACCAGGUCAGAAAGCAGCAUUCAGCUUCUUCGACGCAGGGAGCGAUGUGGAAGAGGACGAGGAUGACGAGGCGGACAAGGCAGCCGUCACCGUUCCUAUGACGCCAUUUUCCCGUCAGGACUUUGAGCGGCGUACCGUUCGAAGCGCCGCGCCCACUCCAGACACGGCGCACCCGUCGCGAAUGAAGAACUUUUGGCCAUCCCAAGAAGAGGAAGAAGAUGGUGGAAACACCGCCAAUGGCGAUGGAGACGACGGAGAGGAGGAGGAAGAGGAGGAGGAUGACAAUGAGGAACAGGCUCCUGGGAGAUCAUCGCAGGACAAGAGCGACUUUCAAUCGUGGUUCUGGAAGAACCGCAGCGAUUUGAACAAGUCUUGGAUGACGCAGCGAAAGGCGGCGGCGAAAGAGAAGAGGCACCGGAAGAACAUGAACAUGCGCACCUAG